AAAAGAAAAAAAAAAGCAUAUUAUAUAUUCUCAUAAAUGCAAGUCAGAAAAAAAAAAGGAAUUCUUAUACAUUAUCAUUCACCCUUUCAUUUUUUAUCAUCACUAUUAAGAAUGAUAUAUUGCAUUGCUAAGAACAGCAGUAAUUUGCCUUAAAUGAAGUCACGUUAGCUCUAAGAAAAGAGAGCAGAUUUCCAAGAGAUGAACAAUGGCAAUCUAAAUCAAAAAGAUCUUUCAUUUUCACAACAACCUACACCUCAAAUACAAAAUGAUGAAGAACAAAUCAUAACUCAACUUACUCUAGCAGGUUUAAAAGUGCUAAUGGUUCGUAAACGCGAUCAGAUCAUUUAUAAAUUAUCAGAUAAUAUGCAAGUUUCUUCUAUUGGUGAACAGCAACGCCAACAGUUGAUGAAAGAAAUUCAGUCUUUACAUGAAGCUACUAUGGCUGCAGCAGCAAACGUUCAACAAUUACAACAACAACAACAGCAACAGCAGCAGAAGCUGGCACAACAACACCAACACCAAUAUCAACAUCAACACCAAUUGACUAAUAUAGACAUGUUAAAUAAACCCAUUGCGCCUAAAAGUGAAGCUUUAAGCGCUUUAGAUACACCGCCUCAACCAACUGCGGCUGAAGCGGACGCAAUUAAAGAAACGGCUCGUAAACUAAGAGAAGAAUUAGAGCAGCAACAACAGUUACAAUUAUUACACCAACAACAAAAUAUGAAUAAACAAAUAAGUCAAAAUUAUGAUUUACAAUCUUCCUCUUCGUCUGUUGAUGGUAAAGUAACAAGAAAAUAUCAUAAAUCAGGAAAAUAUUCCAAAAAGCGACAACAACAACUACUACUACAACAACAACAGCAGCAGCAGCAGCAGCAGCAGCAACAGCAAUUAACACAACAACAAUUGAUUGCCUUGCAACAAUCUUUGCAACAACAACAACAACAACAACAGCAGCAACAGCAGCAGCAGCUACAACAACAACCACAGCAACCACAGCAGCAGCAAAUCAAUAUUAAUACAAAUAUGUCUACUCCUUCAACUCCUAUCACAUCAAGUACUGCUGCUAGUACACCAUUAAGUAAUAGUGUUCCCUCGACUACUCCAUUUCCAGUACAACAACAGCAACAAAUACAUGAUCAAAGUAAUAAACCAUCUCCUGCUCCCUUGACUCCCACUGUUACUACUCCAGCUAUUCAAAAGCCACCUCAACAACGAAUUCAACCUUCAGCUGAUUCUAUCUUAUCAAAACGUUUACCUGAAGAAGAAUUACAACAUCGUGAAAUUAAAAAGAGAUGCAUUGAAUCAUUAUUAUCCGAUCAUAAAUAUGUUACAAAUCCUGAUUACAAGACACCUUUUGUUUCUAUUAGAGAUGCUAUGAAUCGACUCUUACCUUAUCAUAUUUAUCAAUAUCCAAAAGGAGAUUUAGAUGCCAAUAAAAUCCCAUUAGAACGUCAGGAUAAUACAAUUAUUGUGAUUUUUAAAUGUCAAAGUGAAUUAUUUAAAAAUUUUGACACUAUUGUUAAAAAGAUAGAAGAGAAUGAUUGUGACUUGUCAAUAAAGAUAUUGACUAAUAGACAAAUCUUGAUGGAACAAAGACAAAAGUUAGCAGAUGAACAAUCAAGGAUAGCAGCAGAACAAGCAGCACAUCAACAGGAAAUGAUACGUAUACAAGCUGAGAAAGCUAGAUUAGCUACAAUUGCUGAACAAGAGGCUCAACAACAGCAAUUAUUACAGCAACACCAUUUUCAACAAAUGCUACCUCAACCAUCUUCUUCAGAACAACCAUUCCUACAACAGCAACAGCAACAGCAACAGCAACAGCAACAAGAGAUUCAAAAUUCAGUUAAUUAUUCAAAUGGACUUGCACAAGCUAGUGCAUUGUUACAAAACCCUCAACUUAUGAGCCAAUAUAGUCAAUUAAGUCCUGAAUUACAACAAAGACUACUAAGGAAUAGAGAACAAUUAGUUGCUUUAAUUGAAAAGCAACAAGCUAUCAAUAAUAGUAAUCAUCAAUCUUGAUCAUGAUUUUUUUCUUUCCUCUUUUCUUUUGAAUGUAAAUAGAUACUUUCAAUAAAGUAAUAAUAAUUAUAAUAAGG